UAAUAAAAUUCAUAAAUGAAAGGAAGAUUGUGUGAUUUUAAAGCGAAGAAGUGCGUUAUUUUGAUAGCCUGGCUAUUGAAUGUCGUGGAGCCCAUUCAAUCUCAAUAUUGUGUAGAUUCUAGUCAACGAAGUGGCCAAUGCGUGUAUAUGAAUUCGUGUCCACAACUGAUUCAGGACUAUUAUGAAGCAGUAAGAUUUUCGCCAAAUUUGCCGGAUUUUCAGACUUUUGUGAGCGGUUCAAUGUGCGGAUAUGAUGGCAUCAAUUUUAUGAUCUGCUGUGUUUCCAAUCGCAAUAUUCAAUCCCCCGGUGGAAUUCAAAAUCUUCCCGCACCGCAGCAGAACAACCCGUAUGUUUCCGCAUUUAAAUUUUCUUCACUAAAUUCACUACCAAAUGUGCCAACGUCAACACUUGCAAUGCCAACAACAGCUACAUCACCUAUAAUACCAUCAUAUUUGCCACCUAUCAAUAUGCCAGAAAGUACAAAACCACCRAAUCCGCCUAGCUUACCCCUCUAUACUCCAAGUGUAAAUUUCUCMGCAGCAAGUGUACCAACACGUUUGKCACCUAARAGGAGCGGCGCAGAGUGCGGCGUGAGCACAGCUUAUACCAAUAAAGUAGUAGGCGGCACGGAAGCGAGACGAGGCGCAUACCCUUGGAUCGUCGCUUUGGGUUAUCGCGACGAGAAUAUGGUGAAUUCAUUGCAAUACCUUUGUGCUGGUAGUUUAAUAUCGAACCGUUAUAUUUUAACAUCGGGUCAUUGCGUAAAUUCUCUGCUGAUCACAGCACGUCUGGGUGCCCACGAUAUUAGUGAUCCCAACGAGACCGGCGCUAUAAGCAUACCCAUUGAACGUAAAAUCAUACAUGAACAAUAUAACUCGCAAUAUAUUAUUAAUGACAUUGCAUUGGUUCGUCUAAGUGCCCCGGCGCCAAACUCGGCAUAUAUAAGCACUAUUUGCUUACCCGAAGGCGAGCGUUUUGCAAAAGAUUUUGUUGGCAACAAUCCGUUCGUCGCUGGUUGGGGUGCAYUGAAGUUUCAAGGACCCAGUUCGAAUGUUUUGCGUGACGUGCAGGUGCCGAUUGUGACUCAACAGACUUGUACACAGUCUUAUAAAGCAGCUUUUCAAAAUUUARUAUUUACAGAUCGGUUCAUUUGCGCKGGCAAUUCUCAUGUCGACGCUUGUCAAGGGGAUUCCGGUGGGCCACUAAUGAUGCCGAUGUUGGAAAAUGGCGCUUAUCAUUAUUAUAUUCUGGGCUUGGUUUCUUAUGGCUAUGAAUGUGCUCGACCCGGAUUUCCUGGUGUUUAUACACGUGUAGCUUCCUAUAUACCAUGGAUACUCAGCCAUAUGGUGCUUAGUAUAGUGUCAGUUUUCCGCAAGUUUAGUACUCAGCACAGUUACGGUUUAAUAAUCGUUUAUUAUAAGCAAUUAAAGCGCAAAAGGGGAAGUAAAAUUAAUAUAMAAAAAAUGUGGACCACAAAAUGUGCAAUUGCGUUGCUGCUUACCGUAUUUAUCUGUGAAAUAACGGCGCAUCGUUGGAUGUCGUAUGAAGUACCAUCAAAUAAUGCUUGUCGCACCCCACUCGGCGAUUGGGGUAUGUGUGUCUCGUUGAAAUACUGCCAGGAGGUAUUGACACUCUAUCAACAACUAAAUAUGAACCAAGCGACAAGGUACUCGAAGGCUCUGCGCAAUAUCUGCUAUAAUCGCCUAACCCCUGACAAUUAUCCGAUCCUCUGCUGCACUCGCCCGACCUUCGAAGACGCAAAUCAGAGCGAUAAUCAAAUUGUUCCCACUACGCCCGUGUCCACGUCAGCAAAUGUGACAACACAAAGAGCUACAACAACAACAACAUCCACAGUAUCGCCAGAAACUAACGGCGAUGAUCGUUCCGCGUCGGAUGGCGUCAACUCACCACCGGAAACCUGCCGCGUUCCACACGACGGCAGUCAGGGCAGCUGCAAGCCUUUACAAAACUGCGACGCUUUGCUAGAACGCGCGAAACAAAAUCCCACCGACACCGAGUUCCGUAAACAAUUAGAGCUCUCCAAUGCGAUCUGUUACAGCAUCGGCACGAAUGUUUGCUGUCCGUUAGAGCAGCGCAAAGCAAUUACGCGUUCCAAUGACGUGUCUUGGCAUUUGCCGACGGAAGAUGAAGGCUGUGGAAUCACAUCGCUAUCGUCGCUGAAAGUGGUGGGCGGUGGCGAUAGCAGUAUAGGUGCUUGGCCRUGGAUGGCCUUGGUCGGGUAUGACCGUUAUAGUUUGUCACCAUUUCGUUGUGGUGGUUCCUUGAUAACAGCGCGACACGUGUUGACUGCAGCUCAUUGUAUUUUAAGAGAUUUAUCGUUUGUACGUUUAGGCGAAUACGAUUUGAGCACUGAAACGGAAACGAAGCACGUGGACAUUGACGUCGUUAAGUCAGUACGACAUCCUGAUUUCGGUGGCCAUGAUCGACGCUACGACAUAGCAAUCUUAUAUUUGGAGAAAAAUGUAGAUUUCACAGAUUACAUAUGCCCCAUAUGUCUGCCCGCUUCGGCGCAACUACGAAGUAAAUCAUAUGUGGGUUAUCAUCCGUUCGUGGCUGGUUGGGGACGUUUGAUGGAAGGUGGACGCUCAUCAAACAUUUUGCAAGAACUUCAAAUCGAAGUUAUGGASAAUUCUGUAUGCCGACAAUCCUAUCAGGCUAACAAUAGGCUUUACUCCAAUCAGCAGUUCGACCAAACGGUAGUGUGUGCCGGAGAUUUGGGUGGCGGACGUGAUACGUGUGGCGGUGAUUCCGGUGGACCGCUAAUGGUGGCAGAGCCAUAUAAAGGUGUAACACGCUUCUAUGCACUCGGUGUAGUUUCGUAUGGCAUUGGUUGUGGACGCAUUGGUGUACCGGGCGUUUACACGAACACGCAAAGCUAUAUAGACUGGAUAUUAGAGCGUCUAGCGGACACUUGACCUGCCCAGWCGAAGAACAAUUCCUUUGCAGUUAGUUUUAAUUUUAAGUAUGUGGCGCAUUAGGCGAUUUGUUGAUUUGAUAUGUCGUCCACCAACAUGGCGUGUGAUGGGCCAUUAGCUUAAGUAAUGGUUAACAUAAAUUAGGCAAGUAGUUUCGUGAUUGAGGAAAUAUUUUAUGAAGUAUAAAAGUUAUGAAGCAUUAUUUAUAAAACUACCAGUCGGUAAGUCCCGAGUUCGAGUCCGCGUCUUGAUAAAAUAAACUUUUCCUACUAAUAGGUAGGGGUCGACCCCUACGGCCACAAUAUUAUGGAGUCAACACAUAUGUAUCUAUACUUCAGGAAAGUAUUUCCUUUUUUAUCGCAACUGCACACUUAGUUUUAGUUAUGUUUUCUUUAGUUUAGUUAGAAUUAAUAAAUAUUAAAUAAUACAUAUUUUUCAUAAAAAAAUUUAAA